AUGGGUCUGACAACCCCGUACGCGAUUGAAAGCAACGACAAACAAGACCAACAAAGUCGACGACCAAAGAAGGUGCGCGUGUUGAUGCCUGGACCGGAUUUCCGCGAGAUGAACAAGAGAAACAUCGGAUGCCCAAAGGAGGAGAAAAUUUUCGUUCCUCUGAGAGAAGGGAAAGAGUUUUUAGAAAAGCGAAGAGAGGAGAAUGAACGCAGGAGAAUGGUAGGUAAAGCGGAAAUUCACGGUAAGACGACGGAAAAAGGAGUCGAUAUUGCAAAAAUUGUCGAGCACGCGUUCGUAACGACGCGAGCGAAUAUAAAAGAGGUUAAGAAGAGAUCUCUGUUCGGGGGAGGCGGCGUCGGAAGAGCUGGAAGAGAAACGCGAGCGUCUUUGGGACACGCAACUUCCGCGCAAACGAAGAGAGCCUUGUUGGCAUCUUCGGAUGACGCCACCACCCCUCGCCAUCAAUUCAAGUUGACAAAGUUCCUAAAAGUUCCGUCGAAGAUUGUGACGACGUGGUGA